CAACCACCUUUUUCCUGCUCCACUCAACGAUGCUGAGCAGGCAGGAAUCCGAGGCUGCAGGAACUCAAAUCCAUGCAUCAGGGGAGCCUGUGUCAGCGUACACCCUUUUUGGUUGACGGUCCACGGCGUAGGGCAACAAUUCUUGAUCUUUCAUGCAUAAGCUGCCCGUAGUGCUCCAUUGCCUCUGUAUCUAUAUACAGCAUGCGUAUCCCCACGCUGCUCGGCACCCAGCCUGCUACUUAAUCUAACAGCAAGCCCCUUCCGCUUUAUGCGUGCAUAACGAGCCGCCGAGUUAGGCCUUUAUAUGAAUCUCCCGCUGAAUGCAAUGGAAGGUGCACCGACGCUGUAUGGCCCUGCACAGGCGCCAAAGCAUUUCGUUCUGUGCUUUGAUGGUACAGGAAACAAAUUUUGCGGGGAUGAUUCGGACAGCAAUGUUCUGAAGAUCUUUCGGAUGCUUGAUCGGAGCAAAAGCCAUCAAUUCCACUACUACCAGCCAGGUAUCGGAACCUACAUAACAAGCAAGUCUCUUUCCAGUCAUGGGCGUAUCCAAAGGAUCAAGUCGGCCUACUUGAAAGCCAAAGAUUCCGCUGUCGGUUCAUCUUUUGACGAACAUGUGAUGGGCGGGUAUAAGUUCCUGAUGAGGUACUACCAACCCGGGGACGAUAUAUACUUUAUCGGCUUCAGUCGAGGCGCUUAUAUUGCACGUUUUCUGGCUGAGAUGCUUGAUUAUAUCGGGUUACUCGAAGCCGGAAAUGAAGAGUUGAUCCGAUUUGCUUGGAAGACAUUUGCCAAAUGGCAGCAGCGACGCGGUGACAAUGACAAGGAACGCGAGGAGAAGAUAGAGUUGUUCAACUACAUGAAAGCCUUCCGAGAAACGUUCAGUCGACCUAUCAGUAGGAUCAGAUUCAUGGGUCUUUUCGACACAGUCAACAGCGUUCCCAAGUUCGAGUCAGCGUGGAUGCAGAGAAAUAAAUUCCCCUAUACUGCUCGAAGUUCGGCUAGAGUCAUUCGGCACGCAGUGGGUAUUGACGAGCGCCGGGCCAAGUUCCGCCAGGAUUUGAUUUCCGAGGCGAAGCCAUGGCAUGGAAAGAAGCAGAAUAUACAGGAGCGAGGGAAACAGUAUCUGCACCAACUCCGCCACCCCAUGGAAGCCCGUGGGAAUGGAAAUGUUCCCGUACUGAGGAUCAACAGUGACGAUAUUGGUAACGACGAGGCCCAAGGUGUACAAUCCAGCAGGCACGAGCGUGAAGAGACCGAGUCUGUUUAUCGCAGCGCCAAUGGCUCUCAUGAGGACCUUCAUGCUGGUCACCGGUACCGCGCACCCAUUGUUAGGAUGCCUGUCACGAAGGCAAGCCUAGCCGUGCCCAUACCAACCGAGUCCAUAGACGACCAGAGCUCGAUCCGAAGUGGGCAGUCAGGGCAACUAUCCCUUCGCGUGCCAGGAGUGGCCAAUCACCUAGCUAAUGAUGACGAGGAAACACAAGACAUCCAAGAAGUAUGGUUCCCUGGCGGCCAUGCAGACAUUGGUGGAGGGUGGAAACUCGGGGAUAAGGAGGAUUGGGCGUUGAGCCAUGCCCCCUUGGUGUGGAUGGUCCAAGAGGCAAAGAAGGCCGGGCUACAGUUUGAGCCUAAGAAGUUGAAGCAAUUCGAAUGUGACGAGGAAUUCGACGGAGACUACACUCCGAUUGGAGAACAUCACCGCUGCAAGCACCAUCGCGACUUCUGUCGCGACUCUAUGCAUAGCCAUGUGGGCGACGGCCAAAUACCACUCAGACUUGCUGGUGACGAGAAGAAAAAAGAUGCUUCCCAGUCAAGUUGCAGCUUCCGGGAAGCCCUUCUCGCUUCAAGCACAGAGGGCUUACUUCACGAUUGCCUGGAGUUCAACAAUGGGUUGUCGGCAUUUUCUGUCCUUACAUGGCGAUUGAUGGAAUACCUUCCAUUCCGACGAAUGGACCUGCAGAAGGAUGGCUCAUGGAAGCCGAUUCGUUGGCCGCUCCCCUGUGGAGAGGUACGCGAUAUUCCCGACGAUGCUCAAAUCCAUGUUUCCGCACUUCGCCGCAUGCAAGCCAAUCCUGAAUACCGUCCUGGUAACUUGAUCAUUGGCGGGGGCGGGCGGGGGGUCAAACGAGCCCCAGAGAAGUAUGGGAUCGGAGAGUGGGAGCUGAAGAACUAUGGUGGUGACAUCGUGCGGGAAGUAUAUGUGCGGAGGAAAGACUCGACGAUGUGUAUCGAUGAAAACCAUCAGUGACAUCAGAAAGCUCGCCAUCAUCUCCAUUCCGAUCCUGUCUAAGUGCAAGCCAGCGAAGGACCCGGACUUUCAUCUCGUUUAUACCAUUUCCUUUGCAUAUAUUUCUGAUCUGUUGAGGGUGCUUUGAUUCUUUAGAACUUUCCUUUGUGCAUGAUUUGAGUCUAGAGGGAGAGUGAUAUACUUAAUUUUCUUCGGAAACGGAUAAUAGCUAAAUCUCAGUGCAUUUUGCGAAUUCCCAC